AUGGUGUAUGGAGCAGACGAGAAAGUGGAGGCGCCCAGCUGGAGCAUCACCGCUGCCGUGCGCCCCGACGGCACGCCCUCCCUCGGUGAUGAGGAGCGCAAGGCGCUGUCAGCCACCGACACAGGGGCGACAAUACUCGUCGGCGAGCUGCACGAUAUCCUCAAAUCGAUCCCGACGGAGCAGCCGCCGGGGAGCGAGGACAUCUAA